AUGGCGGACGGAUUGAAUCUUGGAAAUUCAAGAAGGGGGCAGGUAAACAGACCAUCUUCAUCAGGUGGGCGGAGAACAGCUGGGGCAAAUGGAGGGGGCAAUAUGAGUUCACGACCUCAAUCUAAAACUGGUGGGACAAGAGAUCUUAUGAGUCGUGAAGAAGAAUACAUGCGUUUGAAUGCAGAGUUAGAGGCCAAGACUGCUGGACUCAUUCAGGAAGCAGAAGAUGUCAUGCGUGAACAAGAAGAGAUGCUUAGCAGGUCAAUGAAUCGUCUUUCAUUUGGUGACAGCGAUCAGCAUGAAGCAACAUCAGCCAUCUUUGAUACCGAGCCGCCUCACGUCUCAGAUGAUAUCUCUAAGCCAUCUUCAAUACCGUCAACAAACCUUGCUUCGGGCAAAAGACCGCCCUCAAGAGGUCGACCACCAUCAGCUAAUGCCAGACCUUUAUCUGCAAGCACCAGACCCCAAUCAUCAACUGCCCGAGCUGUAACUGCAAGUACACGGCCAUCAUCCAAAGCAAAAACAAGACCUAAAGCUAAAGCAGCAUCAGCCAGUAGGUUUGAGGAUGUUGCAAUCCCUGAUGAUGUCAUGGGUGGAUAUCCAGGUGUAGGUCCCUCCUCUGCAACUAGUAAUGACUUCUCGUUGACUGACACUAUCAAUGCUAUAGAGGGCAGGCUUGAUGAUGGAUCACUACCAGCGGAGAUGUUGGAUGAUGUUUUACCGCAGGCUGCCGAGGGAAUGGGGUCAGAGGCCACUAUUCGAUUCAUGAAAGCCAAGUUAAGAGUUAUGCAGGAAGAGAUGGACAGAUUAGCUCAUGAAUAUAAUAAAAAGGACGAGCAGAAUUCUAAACUAGAAGGAAGUUUAAAGGAAGUUGAUGAUGAAAGAUCACGUCUCCAACGAACCAACACAACCCAACAAACUCAGAUUGAUAAACAUAAGAAACUAGCUGAAGAAACCAAAAGGAAAGCGGAUGGACUUGAAGGACAGUUAACUGCUCUAAGAAAGGAAGUGGAUGCGUUGAAGCGUAACCAGAAGCAAUCAGCAACUACUCAAGGCGCAGUAGAAGUGCGUCUUAACAGAGCGUUGGAAGAAGCAGAUCGCUAUAAAGCUGAACUUCAAAAAGCUAGGACUUCAUCAAGGGAAUCCACAGAUCAAGAGAGGAAGAGAAUUGAGCAACUUCUUGGGGAGAAUAGACGUCUUGAGAAACAGAAGAAUGAACUGAUGACUGGCUUCAAGAAGCAGCUGAAACUUAUAGAUGUCUUAAAGAGACAGAAGAUGCACAUUGAGGCAGCUAAGAUGUUGUCAUUUACAGAAGAGGAAUUUGUCAAGGCUUUAGAAUGGGGAAACUGAAAGGUCACCAGAGGUCACAAUUCUAAGAUGAGCAAGCUGUUAACCCAUACAGUAGAUUAUAAUCACCUGAGAUGUUGCAUUUACUAAUGAUGAUAGUGUCUUAGUUUGUCGACCCAAAGGAAGACCAUUUUCAACCCUCCACAAUUCUAAGAU